AUGGUAGUAAUUGUUCCAUAUAACCGGCUCCCUUGCUCCCCCCCGCCCCGCCCAAGGCCUACGGAGCGCCGUUGCCUGCAGGCUGUCCCCCUCCGCCCUCGCAAAGCUUCCAGCGUUGCGGGAGGGGGAUCGUUUCCGCCCCGCCGGGGCCGCGGCCCGGCCGCGCCUGCCGUCGUUAACCGGCGGGAGGAGGCGGCACCUGCUCGUCCCGGCCGGCGGCGGGGGGGGAGGAGGCAGCCCCUCGCCGCGGCGGGGUGCUGCUGCGGACGGCUCCCCUUCGCUCCUCUCCGGCGUCGGAAGCCGGGGGCACCGGUGGCCAAGGACGGCUGCCGCCGCCUCUGCGCUGAGGAGAAGGAGUCGCAGCGCGUCAUCGCGGAGAUGGAGCGGCAGCUGCGCCGGGCCGAGCGGGACGCCCGCCGGGAGCUGCCGCUGGUUAUGUUGGGCAGAGGAGAAAGUGGCAAGAGUAUGUUCAUUACACAAAUGAGGAUUCACGGAUCAGGUUACAGAGAAGAAGUCUGAAAAGGCUUCACAAAACUGGCUUUCCAAAACAUAUUCACUGCCAUGCAAGUGAUGAUCAGAGCCAUGAAUACUCUUAAGAUACGGUACACAUCCAAAGAGAAUGAGGAGAGUGCUUAGAUGAUCGAAGAAGUGGAACUGGAUAAAGUGACAGUGCUGGAAAGAAAACAGGUUGAAGCAAUCAAGAAGCUCUGGGAAGAACCAGAAAUUUAAGAAUGCGUGAAUAGACAGAGGGAGUACCAGCUCUCAGACUCUGCUAAGUAUAAUCUUAUUGACCUUGAUCAUAUUGCUAUGCCAUCAUUUCUGCCAACUCAGCAAGAUAUUCUUAGCGUCCAAAUGCCAACUACAGGAAUUAUCAAGUAUCUUUCUGAUUUAGAAGAUAUAUUUAAUAUGGUGGAUGUAGGUGGCCAAAGGUCAGAAAGAAGGAAGUGGAUCAAUUGUUUUGACAGUGUUACUUCCAUAUUUUUAGUUGCAUAAAAUGAAUAUGACGUCUUGGCAGAAUGUGACAAUAAGAUUCAAAUGGAAGAAAGGAAGGCCUUAUUUAAAACUAUCAUUACAUAUCCCUGGUUUCUGAAUACUUCAGUCUUACUGUUUUUAAGUAAAAAAGAUAUUAUAGAAGAGAAAAUAAUGUAUUCCCAUCUAAUUAGGUACUUCCCAGAAUACACCAGACCCAAACAAGAUGUCAAAGCUGCCAAAGAGUUCAUUCUGAAGCUGUAUCGGGAUCAGAAUUCAGAUGAGAAAGUAAUCUGUUCCCACUUCACUUGUGCCACAGACACAGAAAAUACUCAUUUCAUCUUCACAGCUAUCAAGGACACAAUCCUGCAAUCAAACCUGAAGAAGUCCAACCUGAUUUAAAGAAAAAAACACGGCUGCAGUCACAAAGAGUGGCUUACUCACAGCAUAACCUAUCUUGACUAAAAAAAAAAGGUGUCUUUUUAAAUACCAUUUACAGAAAUGGGAGGAGGAUUUAUAUGUACUGAAGAAGUAUGGAUUAACAGAACUUCAAAGAAUGAGUUUCAAAGUUUACUUUUUAAGCUAUACAUUUAAAAUAUUGUGUUCCUGUGUCCCAUAUUGGUUUUGUCUGUGCAUUAUCUCUCGACAGCUGUAAGAAUCAUCUAUAUUUAGAAGAAUGCAUAUAACUACAUUGCUGUCCAGCCAGUAUUUUUCUGCCCCCCCCCUUUUUUGUUAUUAUUUAGCAUUUACAAUCAUAGGUUAUAAAAUUUCAAACAGUGAUACCU